GGAAAGCGAAGCGCUCUCCGCAACCCACCCCUCCCUCGUCACGUGGUCACGCUGGGCGGAAAGAGGGAAUCCAAGGCCAGGAGGACCAGAAAGGAGCAAUGAUGCUGCCCAAACCUGGGAUCUAUUACUUCCCCUGGGAGGUCAGUGCCGGCCAAGUUCCUGAUGGGGACACACUGAGAACGUUCGGCAGGUUGUACAGCUACGACAUGACGAAGUCCCGAGUGACCCUGAUGGCUCAGCACAGAUCUGACCGGCACCCGGUCCUCGUCUGCACCAAGUUGGUGGAACCGUUCCAAGCCCAGGUGGGCUCCCUCUACAUGCUCCUUGGGGAGCUGGAGCACCAGAAGGAUGGAGGCUGCGUGGUGAAGGCCCGUGUGCUGACUUGUGUGGAAGGAAUGAAUCUCCCCUUGUUAGAACAAGCCAUCCGGGAGCAGAGGCUGUACCAGCGAGAGAGACACAGCAGCCAGUAGAGAGCAAAGCGGCAGCUCCUGGCAAACCGCCCCCUCCCCACCCUCCCACUCCCCCGCCCCG